AUGAACAGCCCCUACGCCAAAGAACUCACCAUAUCCUUCGGCGCCCUUCGAAAAGCGUCCCAACUAAGCCAGUCCAUAAUAUCAGCCCAAGACAAAGGCGUCAUCGAAAAAGAUGAUCUCAGCCCCGUCACCGUCGCCGACUUCGCUGUCCAGGCACUACUCAUAGCUACAUUUAAGAACGCAUUCCCCGAAGACAGGGUAGUCGGAGAAGAAGAUGCCAAGAGCUUAAGGGACAACCCCGUUCUUUUGGAUCGGGUAUGGGACCUUUUGCAGCGGAUAAAGAGUGAUGAUGAUUCUUCGCUUUGUGUUUUGCCAGAGUCAAAAGAGCAUGUGUGCGACCUCAUUGACCUAGCGGGAUCGAGUCGACCCCAAGGAGAAGGGUCAGGACGAACAUGGGUAUUUGACCCAAUUGAUGGGACGAAAACGUACGUUCGGGGUGAACUUUACGCCAUCAAUAUUGCCCUCCUGGUGGAUGGCAAGCAAGUUCUCGGGUCCGUUGGAUGUCCAAACAUGUCUAUAGAUGCGACUGCACCACUGAAAAAUGAACACAUUGACUCUUUUGGGGAAGGAUGCAUUGUAUUUGCGGUCCGCGGACACGGCGCUUAUACCCGACCGAUGAAUGCAUUAAUCAGCAACACAGAUGCCAGAAGACUGCCGCAAGUCUCCCACUCAACAGACAUCCGCUUCGUCACAUGCGUCGGCCUCGUUGAUUCCGCGCUCGAUGGUGUUCAUGAAGUGGUAGCCGACAAACUAGGAGCCGCAUUCCCCGGGUGUGAUUUGGUUCCAUGGGUUCUUCGCUGGGCGACACUGGCUCUCGGACUGGGAAAUACCACGGUGUGGGUGUACAAGCGACGAGAUCGAUUUGCCAAGGUGUGGGAUCACGCAGGUGCUAUGCUUCUGUUCGAGGAGACGGGUGGCAAGAUUACAGAUGUCUUAGGGAGACCAAUUGACUUGACGGCGGGUAGGAAGAUGAGCGCAAAUUUUGGGUUCGUAGCUGCUCCGGAGCAUCUUCAUGCGAGGGUAUUGGAGACAGUUCAUCAAGUUCUGAAAGAGCAGGGGCAUACGGAAAUGUUGACGGUUUGA